AUGCAGACUAUCAAAGACACGCUCGCCGAGAACCUCGGCGGACCGGCCACCCUGCUCGGGUCGCACCAGUUCAAGCUGGACGACUGCCCGGACCUCUCGGGAAAAGUGGCUGUCGUGACCGGAGGAAGCGAAGGGAUCGGCUUCGGGGUGACGUACACGCUUCUCAAGCACAACAUCGCCAAGCUCUUCAUCCUCUCCAAGUCGAAGGAGGUCGUUGACGGCGCAAAGGAUGCCAUGGCCAAGGAGCUCGGCCAAGACAAAGCCGACCGCACGGUCUGGAUGGAGUGCGACCUCAGCGAUUGGGUACGGGUCAAGGAUGUCGCCGAGGCGAUCAAGCGCGAGGCCAGCCGACUCGAUAUCCUCGUCAACAACGCCGGGCGGGGCAUCAUGCCGGCGGAGUUCACGCCGCUCGGCGUGGACCGGCACAUGGCCGUCAACCACAUAGGCCACGUGGUGCUGACGAGCCACCUGCUGCCGCUCAUGAAGCGCACGGCCGAGCAGGGCCACACGGUGCGCAUCAGCAACCAGGCCAGCAACGUGCACUACCAGGCGCCGGCGGAGACGCGGUUCGCCAGCCUCGAGGAGAUCAACACCGAUGUAGGGCCCAACGGGCAGUACGGGCGGAGCAAGCUGGCGGCGAUUCUGUACGCGCGGUAUUUCGACCGCAAUGUGACCAAGAAGGGGCAUCCGAACGUGCUGAUGAACGCGACGCACCCGGGGCUGGUGAGCACCAAGCAGAGCCGGACGUCCAUCUUCGAGGCCUUCCCGCUUGGAGGCUACGCCAUGUCUCAUGGCAUCGAGCCGUUCAAAAAAGACCAGUUCGAGGGAGCGGUCCCCACCAUCUACGCGGUGACCACGACCAAGGAGUCGGGCCAGUACAUUUGCGCGCCGGCCAUUCCCGAGGCGGGCAGCGACUUGUCGCAGAGCGAGGAGCUGGCCGACAAUCUGAUGGAGCUCACCAGGAAUGUUGUCAGGGAGAAAACGCGCAGCGAGUCGGCGGACAAGGGGUGUCCGUUUGACGACCUUGUGCUGCACUGA